GGCAGCGAUACACGUGGAGUGCACAAAAGCUUGCUUGUCCGGCCCACGGCCGUGGAUUUAGCAUGAGAGCUUGUAAUAUAAUAAUGACACUUCCGGUCAAGAAUUCCCGCCAGAGCGCAGCUGGCUGCCAUCACUGUGAUGGAGAACGUCCGAUCUCACACCAACACCCUGCCUUCUGCCUUCCACGUGCUGCAAAAGCUGUCGCAAGAGAGCAAGAGCAUUUAUUUGGUGUAACAAUGGGUAGUUUAACUGUGGGCGUAGUGUAGAGUAAUGAUUCGGACUCCUUUAAACUGCUUGCUUUGGCCAGCUUGAACUCUUUUGUCUCUAGCGCAAUCUGCUACUACUGCUACGCUACUUUACCAUUAUUAACCAGGAU